CCCUCGUGCAGCGUGGAGCGGGCCGCAGCGAGAGGACGGUCGUUCCUGAGGGUCGCAUCCUGAGAGCUGCCCGCGGCUUACUGGGUUUUGCCGUUAGUUGUGAGGCAGCCACACUUUGCUUUCCCUGGCUCUGGAAACGAGUAAAGAGAGACAGAAAACAAUCUGCUGGGACCCGAAGGGACCCCCGGCGACCCCGCUAAGCGUUGUGCUUCAAGUGCGCAGGCGCCGGCGCGCGCAGGGCAGGGAGCAGGGGGCCGUGGCGGGUCCCGAGGCUGCGGUUCCGGGGCGGGGCCGUCAGGAACAAGCCGUAUAGGCGUCUCGGAGCGGCUGCGGCUGUAAUGGCGAUUUUUAGCGUGUAUGUGGUGAACAAAGCUGGCGGCCUGAUCUACCAGUUGGACAGCUACGCGCCACGGGCCGAGGCUGAGAAAACUUUCAGUUACCCCCUUGAUCUGCUGCUGAAGCUGCACGACGAGCGUGUGCUGGUUGCCUUUGGCCAGCGCGACGGCAUCCGGGUGGGCCACGCAGUGCUGGCUAUCAAUGGCGUGGACGUGAAUGGCAAGUACACGGCCGAUGGGAAAGAGGUGCUGGAGUACUUGGGCAACCCUGCCAAUUACCCGGUGUCCAUUCGAUUCGGCCGACCGCGCCUCACCUCCAAUGAGAAGCUCAUGCUGGCCUCCAUGUUCCACUCGCUGUUUGCAAUCGGUUCCCAGCUGUCUCCAGAACAGGGCAGCUCAGGCAUUGAGAUGUUGGAGACCGACACCUUCAAACUGCACUGCUUCCAGACACUGACAGGGAUCAAGUUUGUGGUACUGGCAGAUCCUAGGCAAGCUGGAAUAGAUUCUCUUCUCCGAAAGAUUUAUGAGAUCUACUCAGACUUUGCUCUCAAGAAUCCAUUCUACUCCCUGGAAAUGCCCAUCAGGUGUGAGCUGUUUGACCAGAACCUGAAGUUAGCCCUGGAGGUGGCAGAGAAGGCUGGAACAUUUGGACCUGGGUCAUAGGCUGAGCCUGCAACAGAUCCCCCAAAUUUUGAGAGAUCCUAUAGCAGGGAUCCUGCUGUAUCCACUCCAAUGGAGAUUCCCACAGCCUCGUUAGUGCACUUGAAGACGGGAGGGUGCUGAGCCUGAUGACAUGUACUGAUCCCUGAGCCUUACUGCCAUGCUCUCUCCCAUCCUAUAUCUAUCAGGAGCCUGAUUCCCAACUCUGUACAGGGUUAUUUAUGGAGGGAGUAGGCCCAUAAAUGCUAAAUAAAUACAUUCCUUUGA